CGGCGGGGAGGGGGGGCCCCGAGGACGUGGUCACCGAGGGGAGCCCCCACCCCCUUCACGGAGGCCAAGGCUGAGGUUGCAGAGAGAACUGGAACUGGGCUCGCCCUAGGGGAAGGCAGCGCGGCCAAUCCGUCCCCUCCCCACACCCUACUCCGAGGGGGUGGGGGAUAGAGAAGAGGUUGGGGUUGGAGCAGCAGUGAGGGGGCCCCUCCCUGGCACCUCCCCCCACCAGACUUGGUCGCGCCCGAAGUGUAACACUUUCUCUUUGUCGGAGGAGCUCCUCUGUUUCCUGUGCAGCAGCUCCCGUUGCGGCGGCACCCGUAGCAGCCCUGGCGGACGAAGGAGCGAUGGCAGCGGCCGACAUAGCUCGCCAGGUGGGCGAAGGUUGCCGAACUGUCCCCCUGGCUGGACAUGUGGGGUUUGACAGCUUGCCUGACCAGCUGGUGAAUAAGUCAGUCAGCCAGGGCUUCUGCUUCAACAUCCUGUGCGUGGGGGAGACAGGAUUGGGCAAGUCCACCCUCAUGGAUACCCUGUUCAACACCAAGUUCGAGGGGGAGCCAGCCACCCACACACAGCCGGGUGUUCAGCUCCGAUCCAAUACCUAUGACCUCCAGGAGAGCAAUGUGGGGCUGAAGCUCACGAUUGUGAGCACUGUGGGCUUUGGGGACCAGAUCAACAAGGAGGACAGCUAUAAGCCCAUCGUGGAAUUCAUAGAUGCUCAGUUUGAGGCCUACCUGCAGGAGGAGCUGAAGAUCCGGAGAGUACUGCACACCUACCAUGACUCCCGAAUCCAUGUCUGCUUGUACUUCAUUGCCCCCACAGGACAUUCGCUCAAGUCUCUGGACCUAGUAACCAUGAAGAAGCUGGAUAGUAAGGUGAAUAUCAUCCCCAUCAUUGCCAAAUCAGAUGCCAUUUCUAAGAGUGAGCUGACCAAGUUCAAGAUCAAAAUCACCAGCGAACUUGUGAGCAAUGGAGUCCAGAUCUAUCAGUUCCCCACGGAUGAUGAGUCAGUGGCUGAGAUCAAUGGAACCAUGAAUGCCCACCUGCCGUUUGCCGUUGUUGGCAGCACGGAAGAAGUGAAGAUCGGCAACAAGAUGAUGAGGGCGCGACAGUAUCCUUGGGGGACUGUGCAGGUUGAAAAUGAGGCCCACUGCGACUUUGUGAAGCUGCGGGAGAUGCUGAUUCGGGUCAACAUGGAGGAUCUGCGGGAGCAGACCCACACCCGGCACUAUGAAUUGUACCGCCGCUGUAAGCUGGAGGAGAUGGGCUUCAAGGACACCGACCCCGACAGCAAACCAUUCAGUUUACAGGAGACAUAUGAGGCGAAAAGAAAUGAGUUCCUAGGGGAGCUCCAGAAAAAAGAAGAGGAGAUGAGACAGAUGUUUGUCCAGAGAGUCAAAGAGAAAGAAGCUGAGCUCAAGGAGGCGGAAAAAGAGCUGCAUGAGAAGUUUGACCGCCUGAAGAAACUGCACCAGGAAGAAAAGAAGAAGCUGGAGGAUAAGAAGAAAUCCCUGGAUGAUGAAGUGAAUGCUUUCAAACAGAGAAAGACAGCGGCUGAGCUGCUCCAGUCUCAGGGUUCUCAGGCUGGGGGCUCGCAGACUCUGAAAAGGGACAAAGAGAAGAAGAACUUUUUUUAACCUUGUCUUCAGCAGCUGUUCUAAGUCUACAGGAGAAGACUGCCAUUCUAGAAGAGUUAGUUAGGGCUCCAUAUUGUCUCAAGCAAGAAACCAACCAGUUCCCCUCUCCCUGCAACUGUGCACAUACACACCACACUCAAGUGUACAUGUGUCCCUGUGUCCAGGCAAGAAGCUCUCUUCUGACUUACAUGCUGUUUUACAUGCAAGUGUCUUGUCCUAAACUUACAAGGCAGGAAAAAGAAUCAUCAGAGCUGGAAAUGGACCCAAUGUGACCUCAGAGACGACGACAGGACCACUCCCCCAGGUGUUAAGUGACUGGGGCAGGAGACCUCAGCUGUGGGUGUGGAAGCGCUGUUCACCAGGUUUUGAGUUCUGUGUUUGUUGUUUAAAACAAUUCUCUGGGUCAAUGGGUUGACUGUCUUCAGCCACUAUUAAGCUGAUUGUGAAUAUGGAAGAGAAAGUUGAGUGACAUCCGCAUCUUCAGCAUCCACGGGCUUGCUGCAGACCCCAGCAAGGGGAAGAAAUGGAGCGUUAACAAUCCAGCUGGAGAAAGACUGAGGGGGGUUAAGCUUAGUGAGAGCAAAGUUUCUCCACACAAACUUCCAAGGGGCUUUGGGGGUUUUGCAAGAGGUUUCCGCUCAACUUGGUAUCUGGAAGGAGAGCUUUGAUGUUGGUAAAUCUGCCUUCAAUUCAUUGGCUUUACUUAACAUCCAAAUAUCACGUGAGUGUGCUCAUUCCCAUCUAGCCAUACCACAAACACCAACAUUCUGCUGUCCUGUCUCUUGAGAGCCUCUUCGCAUGUUUUCCAGAAUCUGUGUUUGUUUUUUUCCUUUCUUCUCUGUGGUUCUUUUUGCUCAAAGGUGUGACCAGUCACUGCCCCUCUGGGGCCUUCAUUUUCCACAAGAUACAUCCCAGAACCAGCACUGUUUAGCUCAUUAUCUUUCUAAUGUCCGUGUCA